AUGGCGGUGCUUAUGAAAAUACUACCCGUGGCCGUCACCCACUCGUCUUGCACGGGCCACCCCUUUGGACCCCCCGCUCGAGGCAGCUGCUGGUCGGCGGCAUGGCUCCGGUCACUGACCUCUGGGCCCUCUCUCUCUGUCUCUCUCGCUCGCUCCAGGCACUACCACAGCAUGGAAGUGUUCACCCACUAUGACCUCUUGAACCUCAAUGGUACCAAGGUGGCCGAGGGCCACAAAGCCAGCUUCUGCUUGGAGGACACAGAAUGUGAAGGAGACAUCCAGAAGAGUUACGAGUGUGCCAACUUCGGUGAGCAGGGCAUCACCAUGGGCUGCUGGGACAUGUAUCGCCACGACAUCGACUGCCAGUGGGUCGACAUCACCGAUGUACCCCCUGGAGACUACCUGUUCCAGGUCGUCAUUAACCCCAACUACGAGGUCGCGGAGUCUGACUACAGCAACAACAUCAUGAAGUGCAGGACCCGCUACGACGGCCACCGCAUCUGGAUGUACAACUGCCACAUAGGUGGUUCCUUCAGUGAAGAGACGGAAAAAAAGUUUGAACACUUCAGUGGACUCAUAAAUAACCAGCUCUCCGCACGGUAAAGCACCAGGUCACCUCCUGUCUUCAGGCCACGGCGCAUCUUCCCCGACAACUGCAGUCUGACGGAUGGCCACCCUCCCCCCUCGUCCAGCCCAGCCCCUGCCCUGUCCCGACCUCCGGCGGCCAUGUCCAAGGCUCGGGGGGACACGGCGUGCCCAUCAUCUGCUGGGUGCUGCUGCCUGACCUCUGGAGCCUGGGACGACCUGGGAAGACCUCCAGGGUGGGGCCUGACAACAGGGUCCUGGGCACCAAGAGCCAUCUUGUCUGGGACCCCAGGAGCACAGUGAGCAGCAGUCUGUCCCGCCGAAACCACGGGCCACCCUGAGUAGGACACCACCCAACUCAACUCACGACAGAUAAAAUGCCAGGUUGGUGGUGGGAGCUAUCCACCCAAGGCGGUCAGGCUGAAUUCCAUUUUUCCUCCCCCUAGGUCAUUUCCAGACAACCUGAAUAUCUAGACCUCUCUUCCAAUGAAACAGACUGCCUCUACUCUGUUAUAUUCACAUACACAAAUAAUGCUGCCACGUGUUUUCUACUUAGGUGAGCUCAGAGUUGGUGCUUUCCCUCCCCCCUCCUAAAUCCUCUUACAAGAUACCAUUACUAUAUUUUCACAGACUUUGAAACACGAAGUAAUUUAGUGGCAUUUAAUAUUGGGCAUCUGGGCCUCUGAAAGUAUAGCUCAAAAGAAAAACCAACCCAGCCGUGUAAGUGACUCAUCUUUCUGUUGUUCCAGUUCUGUGGGUAACUGAUUUAACGGUGCUAUAACCAGGGUCCUGGGUGAUGAGGACACCCACCGAGCGCCAUGUGUCAUCACAGACACUUACACAUACUUGAAACUUGGAAUAAAAGGUUUAUGAUA